UAGAUUCAUUUGUGAUGCGAUUGGUGGAGGGGCUUGUUCAUUCUCCCGGUCGCUCGUACAGUGAUUGACCGCGGCUGCGUUGUGUGAGGCAGGGUGCGUUUUUCCUCUGCUGCUGCGGGAGAAGCGACCUAAGACUGCAGCAGUGGGUUUAUAUGCUGUAUUUUAUAUCAACUAAUCUUAUCUAACUGGGCGGAUUUAAUACAAGCUUUGCAUCGGACCAUCUCUGACUCUGAGGCCGUAGUCGCUGCAGAGGGACGCACAUCUUGAGGAGGGGUUUGCACGAAGAUGGGGCAGGAGCUCACUGGUCUGUGGACAGUGUCUGCUUUCUGGAGAUGCAGGUGUCAACAGAAGAUGCCCAUUCAUUGACGUCAACAAGGAAGGAGCCUGAGAUCAGUACCACUGUUCAUGGUUCUGUUUAGGUGUAAGGAUGCGCUCUCUGAGGAAGACCCUUCUGUUGGCCGUUCUGGUGUCAGUGGUGGUGGUCCUAGCUCUGCUUCACUCGUGGCCCACCCGAGGCUACUCCACUGUGGAUGUAUGGCAACACCGAGGCCCCCUGCUGGAGAGGAACCUGGAGGACAGGCUCACAGACUCUGACCAUCAGCUCAGCAUCAUCCCCAUUCGUGUAAGGGACAGUGUAGCUAGCCUUUUGUCCCGUAACAGUUGUGUUUGUGAAGGCGACAGUGGAGGCUUGAACCUGCCCUUUGCUCAGCUCUUGUUCCCCCGAGUCUCUGCUCACUCUCUGCACACCGCCUUCAGGCCUUCAGAGCUGGACGAACUCAAAAGGAGGAGGGCCCAGGAGUACCAGAGCUUCCAGAAGAGGUCCCAGACUCCUGCAGAUGUCCUGAUCGUAGCCGAGGCAAACAGCCCAUUACAGUUCCCCACACAGGGCGUGGAGGUGCGCCCGCUCAAAACUAUCAUCAUCCCAGGUCUGGCCUUACACGACAGCCCCAGAGACCACUACACAGUAAACUUAACUGCAUCUCUGGGAACUCUGAAUGUGGCGGCGGAGGUGGAGGGCGUGAGGUUAAAGGGUGAUGGAGAGAGUCGCAUGACCAUAACAAGCUCCGCCCUCAACACUUUAAACCGACAGCUGCAGUUUGUGACGUACACAAACACACUGUUUCACCCCAGCACGGCUGAUACAGUGCAAUUUGAAACAAACCGACAUCAAGCCUCAUUUGUCAUAAAAAUCCGUCAUGGUACAACUCCUAAACUCUACAACACUGGAUCAAAACAAGAGUAUAAUGUGAGUGCCCUGGUGACCAUUGCCACAAAAACGUUCCUUCGUUACGACAAACUUCAGGAUUUGAUUGACAGCAUUCGCAAGUAUUACCCCACAGUUACCAUAGUGAUUGCUGAUGACAGUGAGCACCCCAAAAGCAUCUCGGGACCCUACAUUGAGCAUUACAUCAUGCCCUUCGGAAAGGGCUGGUUUGCUGGUAGAAACCUGGCAGUGUCACAGGUCACCACUAAGUAUGUUCUGUGGGUGGAUGACGACUUCAUCUUCACAGCAAACACCAAACUGGAGAGACUUGUGGAUGUUUUAGAGAGGACUACACUGGAUCUGGUGGGCGGAGCAGUGCGAGAGGCCACUGGUUACACUGCCACCUACAGGCAGACCAUCUCCAUUGAACCAGGGGAGGAGGAAGGGGACUGUCUGCACAUGAGAAGAGGGUAUCAUCACGUCAUUGAGGGGUUUCCAAACUGCGUGGUCACAGAUGGAGUCAUAAACUUCUUUUUGGCUCGAACCGAUAAAGUCCAACAGGUUGGAUUUGACCCCAGACUGGCCCGAGUCGCACAUUUAGAGUUCUUCAUAGACGGCCUUGGCUCCCUUCACGUCGGCUCCUGUGAUGACGUCAUUGUGAAUCACGCCACCAAAAUCCGACUGCCCUGGGUCAGCCAAUCAGAGAGCGACAAAACCUAUGCCAAGUUCCGCUAUCCUCCCGCUUCCUCGGAUGCCACACAGACCAAGAAUGGAUUGCUGUAUUUUAAAAAUCGCUUUCAAUGUUUGACUCAUAACUAAGACCCCACCCCACCGCUGUCAUCUUGAAUUCUUCUGCUCUUCCUCAGUUGCCAAAGAAGAUUUUUGUGUACAACCAUUCGCAGCAGACACCUUUGUUUUUCUGGAAAAUCACAAUAUGUAGCUGGGUUAAAAUGACUUGAUAGCAAUCUUAAUUGAGUAGAUCGGUGGAUCGGUUAUAAUUUAUCUACUCAAAUGAGUUAUUUCAUCAAAUUAAGAAUAUGUGUAACUAGGUAUUUGCUGAUACCCAAUAUUAGCCAAUAUCAGUGUAGGAACUGAAAACGUUUUUUUUCCCCUGAAAACACAAUUUAUUGAAUACAAAAUGGAUCCACAUGUUAUGUAACUGUUAUUUGUUCUGCAAGUAACUACUGAGCAAGUUUGUAAAAAGUAAAAAAAAAAAUUGAAACAUUAUGAGAUGUUCUGGGUCUACAGCAGAUAGCAGGAGACAGCCAAACCAAGACAUCAGUUGAAUCGAUAUCAUGAAACUGAUACCUGAUCCAGCAAAUAGUUGAUACUUUUAUCAGUAUUGGUACAAGCCUACUAAUAAUUCUAUUCUACUGAAAAGUCUAUUUUUCUUUUUUCUUUCUUUAAUAAUCAUAAUUUAUGAUUAUUAAAUAGUAUAUUGAAACAAGUAAGAACUAUUUUGAACUAAUCUAGACCAAACUACUCAAAUCAAGAUUAUUAUUCUGAAGUCAUAUAUUUUAACUCAUCUAGAAAUGUCAUUUUUUGCAGUACUUUGCAGUCUCAUUAUCAUGAAAAAUGUCCGUGCUUUUUGUGGUGACCCAGAAUUCCCUCAUUAUCUUGUAUGAACUGUCAGGCUCAAAUUAAGGAGCUGGACUAACAAAUCAUGUUUACAUAGAUUUUUUAAGCAUCUGUCUAGUUCACAUCGAGACAGGACCUUGAGGGAUUGAAAUAAAUGUAAAAGAGGCUAUUUUUUUUUUUUGAGACAGGACUAUGUGUUGCAAAGUUCUUUAAGACUUAUGUUUAUAAUAUUUAUUUUAGAGUUGUUUUUAAAGGUGCACUAUGUAACUUUUUGGCUAUAGUGUUCAUCACCUCCUUGACUCCAUGUAGAUGUUUAUACAUACGCACGGGAUGUUUUACAGUAUGGCAUUAAACUUGUCUAUCUCUGUGUAGACAAGCAAGAGAUGCCAGAAGACCAAUUUAAAGGUCAGAUCUGUGGAGAGGCAAACCUGGUCAGGGUAAGAAUGUAUGAUUGUCAAGGUAAUUUUGAGCUAGAAAAACAGCAGUAAUUAAAUAAAUACUAAAUAGAUAUGUUUUAAUAUCAUACUGUGGAACAUUCCAGGCAAAGCAAUAACAUCUCCAGGCUGGUGACCCUAAACUAAAAAGUUAAAAUUGUGAACUUUUAGAUUAUGGGUAGACUUAUUAUUAUAUGUAGACAAGUUUCCGAUAAUGAUUUGAUUUAAUUUAAUUUAAUAAUUUAAUGAAGUGUCAGUCAGAUGGCAGCUGAUUACAAAAACACAAAUAGAAAUGAAAUUGUGUCAGGAAUUUAUAAUUUUAUCAUUUUGAGUGUUAAAUCAAAAGGUGCAUUUAUUUUUAGACCUGGUUUAGGCCUGGUUUGGAUCAAGUUUACAUUUUACACCAAUUUUGUUGUUUAAUUACUUACUUUGAUUACAUUUGUAAAGAUUCAAGUUUGAAGUUAAUUUUUUAAGCAAAAUUUGGGUCUCAAUGUCCAACUAAGCGAGGAGUUUUACUAUGUUGUCCAUUAUGUCAUAUCUGUGCGCUAUGGCAAGGAUAUUCUCCAUAUUCGUCUUGAAACUACUUUUUGUUGACCCCCAGUGCUCAUUUUCUGCUGUCUGGCACUUCACUUUCUUCUCACAGUGUUACAACUAAGGAGGUGAUCAAAAAGACUUCAAAAAGAGACUACAUUUUAUAUAAAAACUGCCUUGAAGAAAUAUGGGACGAACCAAAGUGCAUGUUUAAGCUUAUGGACGGAAGGGAGCCGAGCAUGAACGCUGUUUGGACUUUGUGGAGACUGCGAUAACUUUUGCCUGAGGUUGAUACGCUUUUUUUUAUACCAUUGGCCACUAGAGGGCGCCCUUCUACCACUCUAUUCUUUUUCCUUUUAUAGUUUCUAGUAUUAGUAAUGAGGUGCCACAUGUAUUUAUUGAUUUUUUAAAAAGGGAAAUAUUUCUUGUGAGUUUUGUGCAUCUGAUUAUUUAUUACUUUGUUAAAAUCAAAAGUAGCUCUCGGGAUGUGUGUUAUAAUAUCAUAUACUAAAAGUAAGGUGACAUUUUGUAAUUGGUUUUUCAAACUAUUAACUUAACACUUAAAACAAAAACAACAACAAUAUUUUCAUUUAAAUUUGAGGACUACAUUAAAUUACUCAAUGACAGUAAGUGUCAUUGAGUAUGUGAGUUUGAAUGGGCAAAUAAAGAAUACUGGAAAUCUGU